AUGCCCCCGGAGGCGUCUCUCGCCCCACCCAAUGCGGCCAGGAUCUGCCAGUUUUACAAGAACGCCUACCGUUUUGCCACCUUGUACGACAGAGAGAAGCGCAUCCCGAUCUAUUCUGCUUAUAAGUGCAAACAGGGAAAGGGCCAGAGGUAUGAAGGCUGGAUGAUAGAACCCCAGCUUGUAGACCCCAAUUUAGGAAAGAGCAUGGCGGAUGAGUGGGACACCAACAUGGCUGCUGCUGAGAUAGAAAAGAACCAGGCCGUGUUAGAAGAUUACAGGCAUGCACUGAACAUUGGAAAGGGACACCUGAAUCCAGUCUGCCAUCAGCCUGACGAAGACAGCAGAGCUGCGACGUUCACCUUGACCAACGUCGUGCCGCAGUUUAGCAAGCUGAAUCAAGAAGCGUGGGCCAACUACGAGAACCGGAUCAAGAAAGAAGCACACGUUUGCAAGGACCUGUAUGUCAUUACUGGAGUGGUGCCCGGGGAUGAGUACAUCUCGGACGGCAGGGUGAAUAAGCCCAGCCAUAUCUGGUCCGCGGCCUGCUGCGUGCACGAGAAGGGUCGCCGAACUUCGUGGGCUGCCAUCGCAAAGAAUGACGAGAACCACGUGAAAGAAGAGAGCCUGGAGAAACUGAAGAAAGAGCUCGCCGAACUUUAUGGGAUAGGGAAAGUGGAUCUUUUCAAUAACGCUUGUAAAUAGGGACAGGGCUGCACAAAAGAAUAACUGAAAAUGGCAAUGGACAAUAGCCAUUCAUUCUGAUUGUACAGUAGGGUCCCCUUAUCCGUGGCAUCAAUAUCCACUGAUUCACUUAU